AUGCUCGAGGGUCGGUGGUACCAUUUCACUCAGCAGCUCCUCCAAUCCUCUUCCUCCUCCCUCACGAAACUGACCGUCUACGGACAGUCCUUUCGAUUCUCCGAUUGGUCGGAGGUUCUCCCAACGUGGUCCUUUCCCCAGCUGAAGGAACUUGCGUUAGGGAGAACGGAAAUCGCCUUGCCUGACCUACACACCUUUCUCCUCCGACAUCCAUCGAUUUCGAUGCUCGAGUUGACGGGAAUCAGCAGUGUUGGGCGCGUGGACGAACUUUUGUUGUCGAAGACGGAUUUCCUACCCAACCUCGAGAAGUUGAUUGCCACUCCCGAGUACACCAUUCCAUUCCUCGCCGCUUCCCCCUCGCUUUUUCUAAAGCUCAAAAGCCUGGAAAUACUCCAGGAUUGGUUCACAUCGCCUUACUGGUUCGUGCUCAACGACUACGACAAGCUCAUGCAAUCUAUCGCGGGCCGCACCGUAGCCUACGGCGUCGUCUUAACCACCGACCUCGCAUUCGAAUUCACAUCGAGUCAACGCGAGAGGAUCCUCCAAUGGUUCACAGCGUCUCAGUGCACCCACAGGCUCCCCUCUGUCAAACGACUGUCUCUUCAGUACUAUCAUGAUGGAUUCACAGAUGGACAUCGCUGUUGCUGGUCGGACAUGGAGGAUGGACUCGUCACCUUGUCUUCCUGGUUGAAGAUGUGGCCCGGUCUAACCGAGCUAGUGGUCGGGGAGGAGUUGUUUCCCGGUACGACGGUGCGGGAGUGGGCAGAUGCCAACCCUGAAGGACCCCAUGGUCUGUGGGAUUCCUGUUCGACCCUGCAGUCAGUCUUGAUACAGGAGCUGGGUCAGAAGUUCACAAGACCAGGCCUGGAAUAG